AUGCCACAGCAACAGAGUCCUCAUGUGGUGCAGGGUGCUCAACAGCAGCCUUCUCAAUCUGCUCAACCAGUGCAGCAGCAGCAGAACUCUCAGCUUGCACAGCCGACGCAACAGCCUGGGUUACAUCAAGCUAGACCACAGAUGAUGCAGCCUCAAGGGCAGCAGAUGAUGCAGUAUCAAGGACAGCAAUUUCAGCAAAUGCAUCAUCAGGUGCCUCCGCAGAGGAUUCGUCCCCAACAAUUCGGGCAAGGUAAUCCUCAGGAUCAUGGUACACAUAUUGUGCAACUGCAAGCGCCUCAAUUUACCCCUCAGAACAUGCAUUAUAUGGGGUAUCAACAAAACAUGAUUACACCAUCACCCAGGCAACCUAACUCCCAGCAGGUUCAUCCAAACAUGACCCCAUCUGGGCAGCCAACACCCCAACAUAACAUGCAUAACCAGCCUUUUGAAAACCAACAAGAUUUUAAACCAGCAAUACCAAAGGUGGAGGAAACUGAGUUUAAAAAUGGAAGUCAAGUUGGUUUCUCACCAUCACAGUAUCAACAAAGGAGUUCCUUGCCUGUUCAGAACAACCCUAAUAUUCCUGCUGAAAUAAGUUCUGGUCAAGUGUCUAAUUCAGGUGUUAAUUCUGGCCAACCACAACAAUUCAGGGGGUUUUCAGGCAGUAUGCAGCAGCCUACCCCGACAAUGCAGUCACAACAGGGUGACAAAGAGUUUUUUGGCCGAGAUUGGGACACCAGAAUGAAGAUUGCUCUUGACGCUGCAAGAGGACUUUCGUACCUACAUGAAGACUCACAACCAUGUGUAAUACACAGAGAUUUCGAGGCAUCCAACAUAUUGCUCGAAAAUAAUUUUCAUGUUAAGGUUGCAGAUUUUGGUCUUGCUAAACAGGCACCUGAAGGCGGAGCUAAUUAUUUGUCUACCCGUGUCAUGGGCACAUUUGGGUACGUAGCUCCCGAGUAUGCCAUGACCGGACACCUGCUUGUUAAAAGUGAUGUGUAUAGCUAUGGCAGAAGCUGCAGAAGCAAUCAGACGCCCAAAUCUAACUAUUCAAAAAAAAGAUCAUAA